UCUGUUUUGUUUCUGUGAAGGCUUCGGUAUGGACACUGGUUUGAUACCCUUCAGACCUGGAGGCCUUUUUGUGGUCCGGUCGACAGACUACAUCUACCCCCUCGUGGAUGACCCGUACAUGAUGGGAAGAAUUGCUUGUGCCAAUGUCCUGAGUCACCUGUACUCCAUGGGAGUGACAGAGUGCGACCACAUGUUGAUGCUUUUAGGCUUCAGCGACAGAAUGACAGAUGAGGAGACAGACAGAGUCAUGCCACUGGUCAUCCAGGGAUUCAAGGAUACGUCCGAGGAGGCAGGCACAUCUGUCACAAAAGGACAAAUGGGGCUCAGCCCCUGGGUGGUGAUCGGAGGUGUCGCGACGACAGUCUGCCUGCCCAGCGAAUAUAUCGUGCUGGACAACGCAGUCCCAGGAGACGUGCUGGUGUUGACCAAGCCCCUUGGAACCCAAGUGGCCGUUGCAGUUCAUCAGUGGUUAGAUAUCCCUGAGAAGUGGAACAAAAUGAAGCUGGUGGUAACUCAGGAGGAUGUAGAACUGGCCUAUCACGGAGCCGUGAAGAGCAUGGCUCAGCUCAACAGGACAGCGGCGGGUCUCAUGCACACCCUCGGCGCCCACGCAGCCAUCCCCGUCACAGGGUCUGGCAUCCUUGACCGCGCUCAGACGUUGGCACAGCAAAUGCGAAGUGAGGUGUCGUUUGUCCUCUACAACUUCCCAGUGCUCGGCAAGAUGGCUGCUGUGUCCGAGGCCUGUGGGAACACGUUCGGUCUCAUGCAGGGCACCUGCCCGGAAACAUCAGGAGGCCUGUUAAUCUGCCUGCCGCGGAAGAAGGCCGCUCGCUUCUGUGCCGAGUUCAAAUCCCCAAAGUACGGAGUGGGCCACGGAGCGUGGAUCAUCGGGAUGGUAGAGGAAGGAAACCGCACUGCUCGCAUCGUCGAGGAACCUCGGAUCAUCGAGGUGUCACCGCAGGUCGCCGCGCAGAACGUCCUCCCAGCGCCUGGUGCUACUUCUUCAUCCUCUGCCGAGUCAUAGACUCUGCUGAGUGACUUGAGACACACAAGCUUGAACAUAUAUUUUUUUUUUGUUCAUUCACUUGUUACAGUUAAAAAAAGCCCAGUUUCCGUUCAUUACUGUAACUGAGGCCUUGAAAGAGUGCGACCAGAAUGAUUUUUAUGGCUUUGACUUUUUGUAUU